AUGUCCGGCGCCCGCCACUGGGAGCAAGACAAAGAAAGCACGCUCUACGUCGGCAACCUCGACGAGCGCUGCACCGACGCCCUCGUCUGGGAACUCAUGCUGCAAGCCGGGCCCGUCAUAAACGUCCACCUCCCCCGCGACCGCGUCACGCAAAAUCACCAGGGCUACGGCUUCGUCGAGUUUGGCAGCGAAGAUGACGCCGACUAUGCCUGCAAAAUCAUGAACCAAAUCCGAGUGCACGGAAAACCGAUUCGAGUGAAUAAAGCUUCCGCAGACAAGCGCGCGGGAGGGGAGAAUGGCGGAUUGGGAGGCGUGGGCGCGGAAUUGUUCGUGGGCAAUUUGGACAGUCUGGUGGAUGAAAAGGUGUUGUAUGAGACUUUCAUUCGGUUUGGACAGCUGGUUGCUGCGCCGAAGAUUGCGAGGGACGAUGCGAAUUUGAGUAAAGGGUAUGGAUUCGUGUCGUACGCGGGGUUCGAGGCGAGUGAUGCUGCGAUUGAGCAUAUGCAUGGGCAGUAUUUGAUGAAUAAAGAGGUGACGGUGCAGUAUGCGUAUAAGAAGGACGGCAAGGGGGAGAGGCAUGGAGAUGAAGCGGAGAGGGCGUUGGCGGCGCAGGCGAAGAAACAUGGGGUGGAGGUUGCGAUUCCCGCGUUGCCGGCGGCGUUGGUUAUGCCGCAGAAUACACCGCAGGCGCCGGCGGCGAUGAAUGGGAUGGCGACAACACCAGUCGGAUAUGGAAUGGGCUACCCACCACCGCCCGUCGCAGCCUACGGUGGUCUCCCUCCUCCUUCACCGAUGGGUGGCAUGCCCCCAGCAUCAAGUCGUCCACCUCCACAAUUCAACCAAGCGCCUCUACAACCCGCUCCCGGUCUGCCCGCUCGACCGCCGGCGAGCAAUGGCGGGUAUGGUGGUCCCGUGCAAGGCGGAGCUCCUCCUGCUGGGUUCCCGGCUGCUCCCCCACCUGGUCUGCCUGCUCCGCCGCCUGGGUUUCCUGCGAGACCUCCGUCGGGAUUCCCGCCUGGUGGUCAGAGGUAG